AAGUUUAAGCCAAUCCAAGCUAAACCAACUCCUACUCCAACUCCAGCGUCGACUGUGGGCUACGACGACCGAGCCAGUAACCAUCGAACGGUAGGGCCCCCAAAGUCGGGAUCGAGUGUCUCCGUGUCCGGUUGUUGUCGUACUCGGUGUGUCUUCCCCCCUAACUCGAGUGUAUAGAUUGAGCUUAUGCUGUGACUGUCGAAGAAGAACCGAAGAAGUUCAGCGCAGGUCGCGUGGGUGACGUGACUUGUGCCAAAACUUUCUUUAGAGCUCGAUGCGUACUACGACGAUCGCUUCCGCUGAAACAGGAGACUAACGCUUCCGGUCGAUGGGGCGAGACUUCCGAAUGUCUUGAAGACUGCUGCUGCUGUCGUUCGAUUGCUUAGUCAGUCAGCGAUUGACAUCGAAGUUGGGAGUUCUGCGCGGUGUUGCAGUUGCUUAAGCUGUGUGUAACAAUUUCAUUACCAAAGUAUUUAAACCAAAGAUAAUCGUGAGGAAGAUCUGAUGCAGUUGGGAUUAACAUAACGCAGAAGAAGGAAAAUGAAUUCAACUUUAUCACCCUAAUAAUUAAUUUAUAUGUGUUUUCGAGGUGUGAAACUGUGCCGCGUGAAGAAGAAUGACCCCCUCAAAACUUCGUGGGUCAAGUGUUGAGAAAAAACAGAGCGCACUAAUAAUAUAAUAAGUGAGAGAAACGUAUAAAUUAUUCCAGAAUUUAUUUGUGCUAUUCUGGUGCGUUUGGGUGCAGCCGUCAGUUUGUGUUUUUAUGGUUGGAUUAAGGAAAGGGACUGGCGCGAACGGAUCAUGUUUUCCCGGCUGUGUAAGAACAGCAUUUUUCCCAGCGGAAGUGGAGGUGGCGGUAACAGCAGCAGCAGCAGCAGCGGUGCAUCAGGAGCGUCCACUGCAGCAUCCUCAACGGCAGCCGGAUCGUCGCCUUCCGAGCCCGUGUCCUCAUCGGCAGCAGCUGCUGCCACCACGACAACAACUGCAUCUUCAUCGUCAUCCCGGCGUCAUUUGAACCUCCCACUGCUGCCCGUGUUGCCACCGCGAUCGGCCACCCAGAUAAGGCCAGAACCUCCCCCGCCGUACUGGGCCCACUAUCAGCAUCGAGUCGUUCCGGCGGCGGUGGUCCACCCCCCGAUUCCGUUAGCCCGAUCGUCUAGCACAAGCAGCAGUAGCAGUUCGUCCGCGGGGGUCAACGCGUCAAGCAAUGCACACCGGUUGCGUGGCCCGGCGGCAGUUUACGGAGGAGGCGUCGGCGCAGAAGGUUAUCAACGUGCAGUAACGUUGGAACGGGGCAGAGCCACGCAUCGGUACAAUAUUGCACACCAGCAGCAGCAGCACCAGCAGCGUCAGCGGAUCAAAGAGUACUUGUUGAGCCAAGAUGCAUUUUGUCCGGAUUUGGUACGUAAUUGCAAGAUUACCGCAGACCCGCAAUCCGGCCGAAACUCCCCCGAGCCUGUGCCGAGCACCAGCCAGCAGCCUCAGAACAACAACCAACCACGCACUCCCGACCAGGACCAGGACGUCUACGUAGAGAUCGAAGAACUGAACCAAAGUGUAGCCGCAGUCCAGCUUGCGACCCCAGAAAAGCCACAACCACCGACCUCAACCCCCAGCUCGACCACCGUCGUCUGCGGUGAUAUGGGUCAAAACCUGAGCAUCCGAAGGCCGAAGAUAUCACUCACGUGGGUCCUCCGUGAACAGCAGCAGCAACAACAGUCUCAACAGCAGCAACUUCAUCAAAACCAGUCUGCCAACGACCGGCGACCACCGCAAAUCAACGGGAAUUAUCUGCAACCGAGUUCCCAAUCACGGCGCGCAUCUCCGGUAAAGACAACAGCCGUUGCACCUGUACCACCACCACCUGCACCGUCAUCCGGAUCGUCCAACGGCGCAGCAGUCCCAGCCCGGAAGAAAUCCCGCACACGCAGCAAGGAGCGACUGUUCAGCGAAAAGUACGUCAGCGAUAACAAUCUGACCGAGUACGGCUACAAUGAGAAGCUCAAGGCAGUUCACGGUGGCCCGAACGGAGGAGCCUCGGCACCGGCCUCGACCGAGCAUCACGGUAGCAACGGCCACCACCAUCAUAAUGGUGUUUAUCGUAAAAGCAAUCGCAGCUAUCGAAAGAACAGCGAUCGCCUCAAGAAAAAGGAACGCACCCUGGUAUAUCCAAGUCUCGUCCAAAGCGAAACCGUCGACAUUCUGCUCAACAACAACAACAGUAUUAUCAUCAACCUGAAUCAGGAAGAACAGCAGCAACUGCUCAAGGAAAAGUCCCUGAAAAACACCUACUCAGAACCAUCCCUCUACACGACCGUGUCGGAGCCGUCCUCGUCGAAGAACCGCCACCGGCAUCGACGCCGCCGCGAACGGUACCACCGGUCCGCCUCCCAGCGGUUCGGGUACGAAAUCCAGAACGUCGACGAAUUCCUCUCCAAGUGUUCCCUGUCCUCGCCCGGGAACAUUCCGGUGGUGCUCGCGGCGGCCGCUACCCUCUACCAAACCCGGCCCGGUAGCUACCAGAUCGAGAUCCCGCUGCCGCUGGGGAUGGUCGUCAACGCCGUGUUCAAGAACCAAAACUGGCUGUACGUACAAACGCCCCACGCCGAGGAAGGCUACGUCGCGUACGAGACGUGUCUGCCGCUGGGCAUUCUGCCACCAAACCAAAGAUCAAGCUCAACCUCCAAGCCAACGCCGUGCUGGGAGUCAAACAAGGACGUGUUCCCACGACCCAGUGGUAACCUCACCGACAGCGAGAAGGAAAUCCAACAGCUACGCGGCGGCAGCAACACUGCCACCGGAGCCGGUACCCGUUCCGAGGGUCGUCGCACUCCCCGCCUCAAACGUAACGGAACCAGCAGUCGCAGCGUGGCCUCGGUAGCGUGCAGCAGCGAGAAAAACCUGGACUCGCUGUACCUUCGCGUAGCGAACCAACCCAAAUCCGCCGAUUCCCAGUCACAAUUUGCUCAACUCAAGCUCACGCCCAAGGUGCUCAACGGCAAGUCCGCGGCCGCAGCUGCCACGGCCAAACUGGACAAGGUGCUAAACAUGGACCAGUUGGACAAACUGCCCUCCAACGGGGACUACAUUCAGCUGCACAAACCGAUGCAACAUAAUCCACAACACCAGCAGCAGAAUCCGUUCCACCAUCAUCACCACCACAAGAUUCUGGUGAAGAGCGGAAGCGGCGGAAGUGGCCACUCGGCCAGCAGUGUCCUCAACGGGGGACACUACCAUAAGACUGUCAACAACGUUAGCUAUAGUAACUCCAACACCGCCGCCGCCGCCAAGACGACCACGAACGGAAGUGCAAACCUGCGAACCUCGGCCACGACGGCCGUCCGGCAGACUCUGCUGGCCAUCACCGACAGCUACAGUUCGGAGGCGGUCAGCGUGCAAAAGGGCGACGUGGUCACACUGCUCGCCUGCAAAGAGUACCAGGAAAAGGGACUGAAAAACUACAAACAGUGGUUCUUUGUGCGCACCCGAGACGGUCACGAAGGUUACAUUCCGGCGGAGGCGGCCGGGCAUGGGUUUUUGUAAUCAGUUAAAAAUAAUCUGUUAAUCGUAGCGAUGUGUAAAUAGUUAGUUGAUGUUCUCGUGCAAAAAAAAGCUAGACGCGUUAUUUGUUCAUAACCAAAUGAUAUUUAAACUAUCGUGUGAAGAAUAAAAAGUUUAAAACAUUAAAAA